AUAUUCUUUACGUGUGCAAAACAACAAGAUUUUUCUUUCAUUUUAUUCAAUAAUCAACACUCAUUUUCAUCGUUUCCCAAGCAAGCAUUUUCUGUUUAAUAGUUGUAUAAAAUGGCUUUAUACUAUGGAAUCGUAUUCGGCAUUCUAACUGUUGAGAUCUUUCUCUUUUUCUUAUUUUUGUUGCCUAUUCCUACUCGCUGGCAAAAGCCUGUUUUCCGUUGGUUGGCUACUUCACCGAUUAUAGCGCAUACACAUUAUGCCAUGAAGGUAGUGUUCGCAUUCAUUUUUGUGCUGUUCCUUGAUGCUGCCAAUACACUUCGCGCCUUUUAUGAGGUUGUCACCCCUAAUGAUACCACGAGUGUGCCUGUCGCUGGUAACUCUGACUUGAGAGCCGAAGUGGGACAAGCUGCCAAAAAGUUCUAUGCUCAAAGAAACCUUUAUCUCACUGGUUUUACCAUUUUAUUACUGCUCAUCUUGAACAAGAUCAAAUCCAUGGCCAUGGACUAUAUCCGAUUGGAAGAUCAGUUGAUCGAGCUUGAAGGAGCCACUUCCACUGAUCCUGAAGUUCGAAAGGCCAGUCGAGAAAUUGAUACCUCUCCUAUUGAAGCUGCAGUCACAAAACUUGAGCCUGUCAAACAACCCAAUAAGAAGGAGGAUUAGAUAGAUGGGAUGCUCUCUCUUGAAAGGCAGCACUGUGUACCAUGAAAUGCCUAUUGAGAAAUUCAGACCAUACUCCAAUUUUUGAACCUAGUCAUUAGUUUUUGUUUUUGCUUUCAUCAUCAAAAUGCCCUGUAAGAAAUAAAACAACGACUUUUUUUUUUUUUUUUUUUUUU